AUGAGAUUCAUCACUAACUCCUCCUCAUCGUCAAGCAAUAGCAGCAGCUCAUCAUCAAACUCUACCAAGAAAGAUACACCACAAAUUACUUCGAAUGAAUUUGACAACAAGUAUAACAACAUUGGUUUACUGGGAAGUGGAGGUUACGGAAAAGUGUAUAAAGUGACGCUCAAGCAUAAACCAAGUAUUAUGCGAGCUGUCAAGGUAAUUGAAGAUCGAUACGAUUUUACUGUUAACGAAGCAUUGAAAGAAGUAAUGCAAACAAUGAAAGUUGCACACAAACAUGUUGUGCAAAUAUAUGAUGUUACUAUUACUAAUAAUCGUUCACUGAUGAUUGAGAUGGAAUGUUUGGAAUGUGGAAGUUUAUACGACCAUUUCAUUAGGAAACGAGUUAAGCCUUCUGAAAGGAUAGCCAUUUCAAUCAUUCAGCAGAUAUUAAGCGCACUUCAAUUUAUGCAAAAAAGUUUUAAAAUGGUUCACAGAGAUGUCAAACCAGCAAACAUUUUGAUUAGAUCUAUCGAUUUAGACAAGGGUGAAAUUGAUGUUUGUUUGGCAGAUUUUGGAUUUGCAAGAUCAUUUGAACCUUCAUCUCAAAUAUCUAACAUUUACGGUACAUUUUCUUAUUUAGCUCCUGAAGUUAAAUUAGUUUUGGACAAUGAUGAAAUGAGAUCAAAACAACCCUACUCAGUAGCUUCUGAUAUUUAUGCAUUAGGUGCAACAAUGUUUUAUCUAAUGACGUUUAAUCAAGCCAACCAAGCCAAUCAUCAAUUAUUGAAUUCGCUAAACCAUUACUCAUCGAAACUGGUUGCAAUUAUUUUGAAAAUGUUAAGUGAAGAUCCAAUAGAUAGACAUUUAGAAAUUACUACAAUCAAUAUGUCACAAAUUUCUACUUUUGGACAUGAUAACCAAGUCAAGGAAUUAAAGAAUCAAGUGACCGAAACAACCUUAGAAUCUACAAUUAUUCAACAUACUGCAAAUCAAGAAAAUAUAGUUACUCAAUAUAAUUUAGGUAUGAAGUAUAUAAAAGGAGAAGGAUGUGAAAAAUCAUUUGAAAAAGCAUUUGAAUGGUUUGAAAAAUCUGCAAAUCAAGGAUAUAAUGAAGCCCAAUAUAGGUUAGGUUUGAUGUAUUGCUUUGGACAAGGAUGUAACGAAUCAUUUGAAAAAGCAUUUGAAUGGUAUGAAAAAUCUGCAAAUCAAGGACAUAAUGAGGCGCAAUUUAGGUUAGGUUUGAUGUAUUAUCUUGGAAAUGGAUGUAAACAAUCAUUUGAAAAAGCAUUUGAAUGGUAUGAAAAAUCUGCAAAUCAAGGAAUUGCUAUUGCUCAACAUAUGUUUGGUGAGAUGUAUUUACAAGGAGAAGGAUGCAAACAAUUAUUUGAAAAAGCAUUUGAAUGGUUUGAAAAAUCUGCAAAUCAAGGAUAUAAUGAAGCGCAAUUUAAUUUAGGUUCGAUGUAUUUAAUUGGAGAAGGAUGUGACAAAUCAUUUGAAAAAGCAUUUGAAUGGUUUGAAAAAUCUGCAAAUCAAGGACACAAAAUGCACAAUUUUAUUUAG